GCAGGCCGAAAAACCAAAGAGACCCUCGUCUAAUCUGUCAGUUCGGUUCCUAUCAAAAUCAAAAUCUAACCAAAACGUUGGACAGAAAGAUACUUCCCAAGUGGGUAAAAACCAAUAACAGACACCGGCUCUCUCACAAAAACCUUCUCGUUUCUCUCAUUUUCUCCGAUUUCUUGCUGCGACCCACCUUUUCUUGAGCAAUUGGAUGACCAUUCUCGGCCGAUCCGGACUGGUUUUUGCAUAGUAUAGCUUCUGGGUUUUGAUUUCAGGUACUAAGCUUAUGUACCCAUUUUGUAUUGUAUUCUUCAAAUCCUAAUUUUUGAAAAAAAUAUUCUGUUUGAUUUUUCACUCAUGUCCUCAAUACCCUCUUGAAAUUGGGUUCGUUUCAAUCUGAAAAUCAGUGCAUUAUUUUGGGUUCAACUUCUGAUUUUCGGUGGUGUUUGUUUCUUCACUAUUAUCUCGAAAAACACUCAUCAUUGAAUUGAUUCGUACCUGAGAAUCUGAGAGUCAGUGCAUUUGAUUCAAAGUUAUGAUUGCUUCUGUUUCUGUGAAUUCUCGGUUUCCUCUUGCAUGAGUUGACAUUUAUUUGCAACCCAAUUCAGUACUCCGGGCCAAGUUUUAAGUUCUGGAUAGUUCGUUUCCUACCAUAUAUUUACGGAAUGCUCUAACAUUGGACGGAUUUAAAUUGUCACUCAAUGCAAUUUUCUGGGUUCAAGUUCAAAAUUUUGAAGAAUUUUAUAUAAAUAUAUAUAUAUAUAUAUAUAUAUUAUUAUAUGAAAGUUUCAGAAAACCCUCUCAAAUUGAGUAUGAAUCUGUCUUAAAGCUUGAUGCAUUUUUCUGGACUUUUUUUUAUUAAGCCUUGAAUUGGUAGUACUAGUAUAUCAGAUGAGAAAUUUCCAGUUAAUGUUUUAGUUGGGAUUUGAGCUGAAGAUGGUGAAAAUACUGUUCUUAGAUUGAUGAAAGGCGGUUUGGAUUAGCCGGAAAUGAGCCGUUCUCCAUCAUUUUCGGUGAAGCCAGAACCCAAUUUGAAGAUUGAGCCAAAUUCCUUGCGACGAUGGGUUGUUGCCUUUUGCAUCAUUAGGUUUGAUCUUGAACAGGGUCAACUCGUUGAAGAGUGUUACCCACCUGACUGUCUUACCCAAGAUGAGGAGCUCGAAGUUGCUUUUAGUUCAUUUCCGGAUUCUGUUUCCCAACACCAUAACCGCACAAGCAUCCAUGAUUGCAUCUUCUUUUUCCGGAUCCGAAGGCAGGGAAAUUCUCAAGUGGCAAAUGGGUCUUCUGAGAUAGUUGAAGUAGAUGAUGAAGAAGUAUCACGGAAGUCAGUGGACGAGAAAGUACUAGAAAAACCAAGCAUAAUUCGAAAUAGUAACUGUUCCAGAUACUUGUAUGGUUUUGUAUUUAAUAGGCAGAGACAUGAUGAGAGGCUAAAGCGAGGUGGGGAACAAAAAUCGGUGGUAAUUCUGUCUCAUAGUCCUUACUCUAGUGUGUUUAAGCCUUUGUUACAAAUCAUGGGUCCUUUGUAUUUUGACAUUGGAAAGAAAGCUCUUGAGCAUAUAGCAGGAUGUGUAUCAAUGUGGCCCGCUCCUCUGACUGGUAAGCUGAUGGAGCUUCCCAUUGGGAAUGCCACCCUCAAAGUGAACUUGCCACCUGCUCAUAGCCUGCCUUCAGAUGGUGAAAUGUUGUUUGAGGAGUCCACUUACUCUGUGUCUUCUUUUCUUCCUUCUAAUCAGUCAGUGCCACAGGGUCUUUUCCAUGAUUCAGAUCUUUUUGGUAUGUUCCGUGGACUUUUGUUGCAACUCUGGGUGUUAUGGGAGUUGUUACUUAUUGGUGAACCCAUCCUUAUCAUAGCACCGACACCUCCCCAGUGUUGUGAGGCAGUUGCUGGUCUUGUUAGUUUGGUUGCACCACUCCUUUGUAGUGUUGAUUUCAGGCCUUACUUCACCAUCCAUGACCCAGAAUUUGCCCAUUUAAACUCACUUCAAGAAGGGGAUGCUUUUCCUCCAAUGGUUUUGGGUGUGACAAACCUCUUUUUUUUAAAAGCUCUUCGCAAUAUCCCUCACAUUGUUUCAAUUGGAAUCCCUGCUCCUAAUUCAAGCAGGCCUGCCCUGGCUCCAAGGGCCUCUACUGGCAGAACUUCUGCCAGACCUGAAGGUUUUGGUCUUCAAAGUUUCUCUUUGAAGAGAUUUUCUCCUUCAAGUUUGUUGAAUGCUGUGAAAUUGAGGAGAGAUGGUCCUCUUUCUCUCAUGACAGAACACAAGGAAGCCAUUUGGAGCACUUAUGCUGCAAUUAUGAAACCGGACACUUCUAUCUUGAACAGGCUUAUUGAUGCGGGCAUGUCACCAAGGGUUGAGGAAUCUAUGUCAGUUGUCAACAAUGAAAUUCUGCGUCGGCAUUUUUUGGAGCUUACUUCCAACUUUUUGGCCCCUUUUGGCCCAUAUUUUAGAGCUACCACACCUUCUGAAGGAUCUUCGCCAUUUGUUGAUCCUCCUCCUCUUCCGUCGUUCAUUGCUGAUGAAUUCCUCGCAAGCUUAUCAGCAAGAGGUCCAGGGAAGUUUCUAUCAAAGCGGAUGAGAUCAAACUGGCUGGAUCUAUAUAGACGGUUCUUGAAAGGAUACAACUUUGUGCCCUGGUUCCAGAGAAGGCGUGCUGUUGCUGAGCAGGAGCAACAUAGACUCUGGAGGCAAGCAAGAAUGAAGACUGACAUACAACAAUUUAUUUCUAAAAUGUCUGAAUUGGAAAUUGUUGAUUCUUUCAAUGCUAUUGAAAGACAUCUUCUUGGAGAAAUUCAGUCUCAAAGGGCUGAUGCAGACUCUGCAGCUACUUGCCAGAAAUUGAAGGGAGAUCUGCAGGCGGUGUUCAAUGUUCUUCCCAAGGACAUACAGCAGCUACUGCUCAUGAACCCUCAGAGGGUAGCUCUUCUACAGUGACGUCUUGAAAGGACGAAGCUUCCUGGACGUCCUUUGCUGCAAUUUGGCUUCAUUUCUUCCAUUUCACCUGAUAAUACUCAAAAAAUGGCUAGGAUUAAGGUGGCCUCUGGUAACGUGGCUUCCAAGCGCUGCUGAAGACCAGAAAAAUGUUACAACUUUGCAAAAUUCAUAGCAUAGUUUUGUCCUCGGGUUGGGAGUAUUUAGCUGGUUUUAGGGCAUAAUUUUUAUUCUUGAUAACCAGAGGCAAAAUAAUCACAUAUGACGAUUGAAUUGCACAUCCCACAAUCAAACUUGAGGUAACAUUCUUCUUUCCAUGUCUCGACCUUGAAUGGGUGAAACGAUGAUCUGGAAGAUAACAAUUCAUGGGAGGAGUUGUUUGUCUUGACGAAGUUACAGACUCGUGCUUAAUUUGUAAAGAAACAAUUCAUAUUCUUUAGGGUAAAGCACCCACCCGAGGGCUGCAGUUCACAGUUCCAUUACAUCUUUGUAUGUUGCAGUUCUUUCAAUUACAAAAUCAGGAUUAUCUAUUUUUGGUUAAAAUUACCCUUGCAUUCCCAUAGGAAUAAACACUGCUGCAAAGUUGUGUAA